UUUCUAUUUUUCCGUUUUUUUUUUUCCUUGUGUUUUUUAUUUUACUUUAUUUUACUUGUCAUGCCCGCAGUUGUCAAUCGACAUCCGUGGACAGCUGUGGAUCUCUUCGUCAGAAUCUACUCAAUUAGGAGUUUCGUGCGAUAUGCGACUGCUAAGGGAGGGGAAACAAUAUCGGGUUUUCGGCCGUCGUCGCGGAUAUUUAAAAUUUUCAUGCUGGUCGGUCUUGCGGCUACAGAGUUGCGUUUAUGGGCAGCUUCCGGAUCUUUGCAGAAUCAAACACUUCAUCACUCGUCACCUUGCGCUACUUAAACAAACCAACAUUUUGAUACCGUUUUAACAACGCCACAGCCCAGCAAUAUCAACCUAGGAGCUCUGAUUUCCUUUCCUGACGAAGUGACCCUAAUGGAACCAAUAAAUUCGGUCGUGCUUCAGAUGUUACGACCAUGCUCUGCAGCCAUUUGUACCGUUUGUCAAUAAGGCCUGAGGUCGACGAGCAACAAAUUCGGAUUCAGAUUAAUACCAGCCGAUAAUGAACACGCU